CUUAAAAGAAUAGUUCUCCCAAAAAUAAAAAUUUAUUUUUUCUCCAGAACAUAAAUGAAGAUUUUCUAAAGAAAAUUUUAACUCUGUAGGUCCAUUCAAUGCAAAUGAAUGGUGACAAGAACUUUGAAUCUCCAAAAAUCAGCGUAAAAGUAAUCCAUAUGAUCCAGUAAUUAUAUCCUUGUCUUCCAAAUUGAUGGGUGAGAAACAGAUCAAUAUUUAAGUCUUUUUUUGUACUAUAAACCUGCACUUUCACUUCCACAUUCUUUUUCUUUUGUUUUAGGCGAUUUGCAUUCUUCGUGCAUAUCGCCACCUCCUGGACGGUCUGGUAAAUGAUGGAGAUUUAUGGUAAAAAUGACUUAAAUAUUGAUCUGUUUCUUACCCACGCUUAUCAUAUCACAUCUGAAGACAUGGAUUCAACUACUGGAGUUGUAUUAAUUACUUUUAUGCUGCCUUUAUGUGAUUUUUGAAGAUUUACAAUAAUAUUUAUUCAUUUGGCAGACGCUUUUAUCCAAAGCGACUUACAAAAGAGGAAAACAUAAGCGAAUUAUCUUAAGGAGACAGUGGUACGAAAAGUGCCAUACUACAAAGUUUCACUAUCAUCAGAAUAGUUUACAAAACAGAUUUAAGUGCAACAAGAAAUGUAAAUAUAUAUAUAUAUAUAUAUUUAGUGACUGGUUAAGUGCUUUUGGAAAAGAUGUGUUUUUAGCCGUUUUUUUGAAGAUAGUUAGAGAGUGAGUCAGCUUCACGGAUUGAGUUGGGAAGGUCAUUCCACCAACGUGGUAUGAUGAAACUAAAAGUGAAAGAAAGUGUUUUGGUGCCUCUCUGUUUUGGUACGACAAGGCGACGUUCCUUAGCCAACUGCAGGCUUCUGGUGGGAAAGUAGCUCUGCAUAAAUGUUUUUAGGUAUGCUGGAGCAGACCCAGUGACUGUUUUGUAUGCCAGCAUCAGGGCCUUGAAUUUAGUACGUGCAUGAACCGGCAGCCAGUGGAGAGAGACAAAGAGUGGUGUAACAUGUGCUCUCUUAGGUUCAUUAAAGACCAGACAUGCUGCUGGAUUCUGGAUCAAUUGGAGAUCCAGAAUGCAGCAGCAUUUAAAGGUUUGGUCAUCAUUCACUUGCAUUGUAUGGUCUUGCAGAGCUGAAAUAUUCUUCAAAAAUCUUAAUUUGAGUUCUGCAGAAGAAAGUCAUACACAUCUGGGAUGGCAUGAGGGUGAGUAAACAAAUUUUUUUAGGGGGAACUAUCCCUACUGGAUUAUUGUUGGAGAAGCCAUAGGGCAGGAAUUCUUAUAAAGAUUGAGGAUGGAUAUGGUAGAGUGUGGCUUAUACACUCUGCUGGUUGAUUGGAAGAUUAGAUGAGGAAGUUGCUCCCGAACUUUAGUUUAAGAACUCCAUUUGUUUCCGUAAAUAAUUAAUGUAUAUUCUCUGUAAAAGCAUAUAACAAUAGUACACAAUAAUUGUAGCUUUUGUUGCAAAACAUGCAAGUUGAGAAGCACGUUUUCAAUGGUUCGUCAUGUUUUAUCAAAUCAGCAUGUGCUGAAAUUGUUUACAGUUACUCUAACGGUAAAUUUGUCAUUUCUUCCCAUGUUUACAGGCGCUGUUGUUCAUUUCUUCUGUUAAUACUGGUAGUUGAAGGAUCUUUGAAUGACACAGUUAAGGGUUAUUUUGGUGGAUCUGCUGUCUUGCCAUGUUCUUCAAACAAAGAUAAUCUUACAAUUGAAGAGAUGGUAGUGCAUUGGAGACACAACGAGAGCUUAAACGUGUUUGAUAUAAUUAAGGGUAAAGAUUCACUAGAUGGACAAAAGCCAGAGUAUAAGAACAGAGCUGAAACCUUUCCCCAUGAAUAUGUGAAAGGAAACUUUUCCCUCCGACUCAAGAAUCUUAAAAGCACUGAUGCAGGAAGGUACUCAUGCUUCAUCACAGAGGAAUCCGUUUUUCGCAGUGUUGAGCUUCUCAUCAAAGAGAGGCCGUUGAACCAAGGAACACAAACAAGUCCAGUGAAGUUUGCAACAUUAAUACCUUUGUUUUCUCUGUUUUUGAUGUGUAUGAUGUAACAAGUUUUAUCCCAAAUGUCUGUUUCUGGGAAUAAUAAUCCCAUACAUUUAUUUUCCAUAUGUGCAUUGUUUUUUAACAGUAACUUAUUAACCUCUAUGGACAGACCUACCGUGAGCCCUAAAGUUGUUAAUCAAUGGAAUAUUGUUGGCUUUUGCUGAGGCCCUCAGUCUGUGUUAUUUCAGCCUCAUUGUUUAAAAAUCAUGUUUAUUACCAGUAUUGCCGAUGAACUACACUACCCAUGAUCCUGAGAGUGAAAGUCCACAUUUUUUUCUAUAGUUAUAAUCAACAGCUUAAAAUUAAGAGUUUUAUACAUUUCCUUAGUUUUUCAUGCAAUUGCGUCAUUCACAAUGCCUUAUGGGAUUGUAGUUCUUUAAAAACACUUGCAGUCUUUUUGCCUGAAUUUUAAAUAAUUUUUUUGUAAUGUUGUGAAUCACUUCGGUGCUGGUUGGUUUAGUUCAUUGCUUAAAACUCAUACGAAGGAUUUUAGGAAAUCACUAUGUAAAAUGUUUUGGGAAGAAUACUUUGUGAACAAAGAUGGCUGAAAAAAUCGGUGGGCACUAUUGCACUCUAUUACAGUAUCUUAACAGAGAUUGCUUGUUACAUUGCACUUACAGUACAGUAUAGAUAUAUGGUCAUAGAAUAGGGAUAUUUCCCUGUUGACUUUCACUUGCAGUAUUACGUGUUGUAUUCCAUUUUACUGUUCUCUAGAUGUAUGGUAUGAACAUAAUUAUGCUCAGAAAGUGAGUAAAUCCACAAACCACAAAUUCAUUUUACUUUAUUAAAAAAGUAGCUUUAGAAGCAUCUGUGUAAUGCUGUGUAAAGCUCCUUUUUUAAUAAAGUAAAAUGAAUAAUCAUAUAAAAUUAAUAUACCCACAUAAGGCUCAAAUUGUAUUUUAUGGUCGCCAACAAUAGGAACAUUUCCAACAAAUGUUCAUUUAAACCUUAUUCUACUAAGCAAAUUGUGUUAGAAGAUGCAAUAAUCUGUUCUUUAAUGCUUUUAUACAAAAAAAUAAUUAGAAGUAUUUUUCAAUGUUAUUGUGUUUUGUUUUCAAACGU